GUAGGACGUAAUCAUCUUCUUUUUUUGAACUAAUGUCUGUAUUAUAUAAAAUAAGAUACCUACGACUAUUCCAUAUAUUUAAAACAUUCUCUGGCCUUCAAAGACAAAUCAAAUAAAAAAAAAACGUUUUUAAAAAUUGCUUUUGCAGUUUGUUUUAAAUAGAGCGCCUACUUGAUCUAUCUUUUGUAAUCGCUUUAUUAUUUAUUUGCCAUUUUUUUAAUCAAUUUUUUUAUCGUUUUAAGUUAUAUUCAAGAGAUCGAUUUAUUACCUAAAACGUCUCAUAGUGAGUAGUUUUAGACAACAAACCACAGAGUGAAGAAAGGAUUAUUUUCUUUUUUCUUUCCAAUCAAGUUACUUUUAAAACUAGGCCACGCAACUCUAACAUUUUAAAGUCUCAUUACUUUAAUCAGAACAUGAAAAUAUACACACAAGCACACACACACACUAACACACGUCUACUCACUCUAACAGAUACCUUUGACUUUGAAUGUCACAAAAUGAAGCGCUUGUAAUAAGGAAGUGAAUUGUUCUACUCAUCCUUCAUUUGAAACCCUAAGACAAUAUUCUGUACAGAUGAUGUUUGACUAGAGAGACCGAGUGUAACAAUCAAACUUAAAACAUCAACCUAAAUACGUGUACUGUGUGAUGUCUGAUUGGUUUGUUUUGACUAGAACGGAGAUAGUUGUUCCUAGUAAUACAGGCAGUAGCCUGGAAAUGUAUGAACUAAAUAUAUGAUGAAGUGUAUUUGGGCCUCACUUUCAUAAUCCCAAAGAAAGUUAAAAGGGUGAAAAAAAGAAGUUUAUAAUUCUAUGGAACAAAGUUUGGACAUUUGUGUUUAUCUCGUAUUUUUGAUAGCUCAUCGGUUUGUUGCUAAUCCUAUCUAGGCACGUGUAUAUCUGGGAGGUACCGGUGUGAUGGGAUGGUCUCCUGUGACGACUACAGUGACGAGGCAAGGUGUGUAAACUGUUCGUCCUAUGCCUGGCAAUGUAAGAAUGGUGACUGCAUCACGUUACCGUACAGAUGUGAUGGGUUCAGUCACUGCACAGACAGUAGUGACGAAAGGAACUGCUCUGUCUGCGCUGUAUAUUCCUGGCGAUGUGCUAAUGGUCAGUGUAUUCGAGAAGGCUAUCGCUGUGAUGGCUUGAGUGACUGUGACGAUAGCUCAGACGAGACAAACUGCACUGUAUCAACUGAUAACAAAUGCAGAUGCAAGAAAGGCAAAUGUACUGACAUCAACUAUAAAUGCGAUGGAGUCAACGAUUGUAAAGACAGAAGAGAUGAAGGAAACUGCGGUACAUUUUGGUUUAAGUUUUGGCAACACUAUGGAACAGUCAAAUGUUCCAGAAAUGCCUGGCCAUGUGCCAGUGGAAGGUGCAUCAGUGAAGGCAAGCGAUGUGACUGUCUCAUCGAUUGUAUUGAUGGCAGUGAUGAGAUGAACUGUACACACUGCUCUCCUUCUGCCUGGACAUGUGACAAUGGUAAAUGUAUCCUGAUGAUGUACCGGUGCAAUGGUCUCGAUACUUGUGGCGACUCGAGUGAUGAACUAAACUGCGACAUGUGUUUUCAUGGUGCAUGGCGGUGUGCUAAUGGGAAGUGCAUACUGAACAAAUACCGCUGUGAUGGACACAACUUUUGUGGCGACAACAGCGAUGAGUGGAACUGUGAUCAACCCACCGUGGAGAAAAGAACUAAACCGUCCACGUCUUUACAAGCCAAUGAGACACACCUUGUUACGACAUCAUUUCUGUUUGAAACUGUUGUUCCGGUUAGAAACGCAGAAAUCUAUCUCUACAUUGUUGGAGCAGUGGUCUGCGUAUUGAUCUUAAUAUUGGUGACUGUAGUAGCAGUCCAUCUAAAAUUUCAAAAAAGAGGUUAGUAUUAAUUUAUAUCAAUAGACUACUUCAGCCAUAACUAUGUUCUGCUAGAGGCUGGUGUUGACAGUAUAGAAGCACUUCUUACCAUCUACUACUGCGCUGGGUUGGAUUCCUAUAUCACAUGGUGCAAAUAGCAAUCUUUUUUGGCGAGCCUAAAGGAGGACGAUGUAAGAUAGGUGCUACCAGAAGCGCUAUGAAGAUCAAUUCAUGCGCCAUUUUGCCCUCAUUGGAAUGGAGGAAUGCAGCUGGCAUUCUGUGAAAGAGACUGCUGGAGAGCUCUCACGAAGUCACUCUCAUGAGUCACUCUUUUGAAACCAAUAGCAGGGACAUAGCCGAGGAUAGGCGCAGACGAAAUUAAAAAUUAAACUUCAAUCGACACCCUCAUUUGAUGGGGCCAACUAUAGGUCGCAACCGGGUUAGCGUGGUCAUGAGAAAUAAUACACUCAUUCCAUAAUCUUCGGACUCGUAGACAAUGCCUUACUAUUAUAACAAUCAACGUUUGCUAAGUCCUAGACAUGCUUUUUGGACUAUGUUGAAAGGCGAUGCACUCGUGACAUAAAAAGAUUUAAACGCACACGAACGUAGCUAAAGCACCUCAUACGGUCCAAUCAAGCGCAAGAGUUUCUUUAAUUUAAUAUAACAAGAGAGUAAACCCCAUAUGUGGAAAAAUUAAGUUCUGAAUUGGCUGAUUAGCAAAGAAAAUUCCGAAUGUUUUCCAAUGUCCUCACCUAGCAGCCUUGUUCUUCUUGAAAGUACUCCCUUGUAGACGUUUCCUUUCCUCUUGCUCAACCAUGGAACUAUACUAACCUUCUACACGUAGGCAGGGAGAUGAUGAUGCCUAUACCAUUAGCUACUUAUCCCGGAUUUUUCCAGAUUGGUUC